UGUCUAUGAGCAACCUGUUAUAUAUUUAUAUAUAUAUAUUAUUAUUGCUGACGUCACUCUCCCUCCCCGUUUCUCUGUGUUUUUUCGGAAGGCGAAGGGAGGGAUCCCGUUUUCUUACGUCUUUUUCGCAAAACAAAUUGUUUCCGGGGAGACUUAUCGUGUUCCUCCGCUGCUCAUCCGGGAGACUUUUCAUUCACCGCUAAAGCUGUUGGAACCAAACCGAAUGAGACGCGUUCAGGGCGGACCGGGCUGAGUGGAACGAGCCGGAGAGACCGGCUGCACAUCCGCCGCUUUCUGCAAUUCAACCGCAAUUUUGCCGUUCGUUUUUUACCCCAAAGGCUUCGUACACCUGUCGGUGUUUUGAAAUGCGGCCUCACACGGUCCCCGGUUCGGUGUCCGUGACUACUUUUCCCGUGGAAUCCGCCGUUUUAACGAAUGUCACCCAGAACAAUCACAUAAGCUAACCUUAGCUAACAGGAAAACAGAAACUCCCCCUUUUUCUCCCCUCAACUCAGCCCGCUGUGGUCGCACAGAGCCGACGGCCGGUUUUUAAACCCUCACCGGUCUUUAUGGUUAAGUUUAGCUUCUUUUCCCAACACGAGAUCGAUGCAGCUGAACGUAAACCGAUGCCCACCGGAAUUGUUUUUAUUAACGAGCCAGCCAGUGUCCCCCGAAAUGGUACAAGAGCGUCUGGGUAGGAUUGGGGGAAAGUGAGAGGCUAGUAGGGGGGGUCCGUCUGGGCUGGUUUUUGUUUUUUCUUCAGAAGAGUCGAGGUCUAAACCAACAACACCAGACAGACACGAUGUGGAUGUAGUUUAUUCUUCUUUUUUUUAACGCAUCAAUUUAAGCUGGACUUAACUGUCUCUGUGCUGCCUUCACGGACCGUGACAAUGAGGAUUGUAUGAGAAGUGAGGCUGUUUUCCCCCAUGGUGUGACUGACGGCCAGUCUAAUCUGGGGUGUGUUUUUUUUUUUAAACCCAGUGUGAACACAAACCUACAGCCCACAUAUUUUUCUCUUGGACGAAGAAGAAGCAGCGCACUCAGGGACUAAACAUGUCUGUCCGCACGGCACUGCCCGCGAACGAGCGGAACCCGGACCAUCAUACCUCCCUGUCGGCCAGCCGCUCAGAGAAGGGCACCGGCUGGUCGAGCCGCUCGCUCGGAGCCCGAUGCCGCAACUCCAUCGCCUUGUGCUCGGACGAGCAGCCGCACAUCGGAAACUACCGGCUGCUCAAAACCAUCGGCAAGGGCAACUUCGCCAAGGUCAAACUGGCGCGACACAUACUGACCGGCAGAGAGGUUGCAAUAAAGAUCAUCGAUAAAACACAACUCAACCCAACCAGCCUACAGAAGCUGUUUCGAGAGGUGCGCAUCAUGAAAACUCUCAACCAUCCCAACAUCGUGCAGCUGUUUGAGGUCAUUGAGACGGAGAAGACUCUUUAUCUGAUUAUGGAGUAUGCCAGCGGAGGCGAAGUGUUCGACUACCUUGUGGCUCACGGCAGAAUGAAGGAGAAAGAGGCCAGAGCCAAGUUCAGACAGAUUGUGUCGGCGGUGCACUAUUGUCACCUGAAGAACAUUGUUCACAGAGACUUGAAGGCGGAGAACUUGCUGCUAGACGCCGACGCCAACAUCAAAAUAGCCGACUUUGGCUUCAGCAACGAGUUCACUGCGGGCAGUAAACUGGACACGUUCUGCGGCUCGCCGCCCUACGCGGCCCCAGAGCUCUUCCAGGGGAAGAAGUACGACGGUCCGGAGGUGGACAUCUGGAGCCUGGGCGUCAUCUUGUACACACUGGUCAGCGGGUCCUUGCCCUUUGACGGACAGAACCUAAAGGAGCUGCGGGAGCGUGUUUUGAGGGGGAAGUACCGCGUGCCCUUCUACAUGUCUACAGACUGCGAAGGAAUCCUGCGCCGGUUCUUGGUCCUCAAUCCUGCCAAGCGCUGCUCGCUGGAGCAAAUAAUGAAAGAUAAGUGGAUCAAUGUCGGCUAUGACGGUGAGGAUCUGAAGCCCCACGCAGAGCCUGUCGAGGACUUAAACAAUACCAGCCGCAUUGAUGUGAUGGUCGGGAUGGGCUUCAACAGGGAUGAGAUCAGAGACUCACUGUCUAGUCAGAAGUACAACGAGGUCACCGCCACAUACCUGCUGCUGGGACGCAAGAACGAGACGGAAGGCAGCGAGUCUCGAUCGGCCAGCAGCCUGAGUCUGGCUCGAGUCCGACCCAGCACCAUCACCAACGGAACCAGCAAACACACCGCUUCCUCCUCCUCCUCCGCCACACCUUCCUCCUCCACUGGCCACAAGCCACAGCGCAGCGCCUCCACUUACCACCGCCAGAGACGACACUCUGACUUCUGUGGUCCGGCAGUUCCAGUGUCCACGCACCCCAAGCGGAGCCCGAGUGGCGUAGGCGAAGGGGCAGGGCUUAAGGAGGAGCGGCUGUCGAGCCGCAAGCCGAGCACCAGCACCGUUGGCUCCCGUAGCAUCCCGACGCCCUCCAGUCCAAUGGUUAGCUCCGCCCACAACCCAAACAAGGCAGAGAUACCCGACCGGCGCAAGGAAGCCAACGUGACCACAGUAAGGCCUAAAGGAUAUUUUAAUAACAUCCCUGCCAGUGCCAUGACUCGAAGGAACACGUAUGUGUGUACAGACCGGUCCAGCACCGAUAGACACUCACUGCUGCAAAAUGGCAAGGAAAACAGUUCCUUAUCCCACCGCCUGCCCCCCGCCUCCCCCUCAACCCACAGCAUAGCCGGUGCCUCCGGGGCCUCCUCCACGCCCUCCUCCCGCCUCUCCAGGGGGUCCACGGUGAGGAGCACUUUCCACGGCGGUCAGAUUCGAGACCGUCGUCCCCCCUCCCACGCUCCCCCGGCCUCCCCGACGCUGUCCCACGACGCCAGCCCGCUGCCACACGCCAGGACCCGGACCACGACCAACCUGCUCAGCAAACUCACCUCCAAGUUGACCCGCAGGGUCUCUCUUGACCCUUCUAAACGUCAGAGCUCAAACAAGUCCAUGUCGGGCUGCACCCUCCCACAGGGGACAAAAACAGUUAACGAACCUGAGAGAAUCAGCAGAUCUCCGGUCACAAGUCGCCAUCUAUCUGGGCAUCAGAAAGCGGCCGAGCCCCGGACCCCCCGAUGCGGCUGGGAUGUGAGGGUGCGGAGCCCCCGCGACCCGGCCGAGGUGGUGCUAGCGCUGCGAGAGGCGGCGCAGGGCUGCGGCUGCCAGGUCCACCUGGCCGGGCCGUUCCUCUUGUCCUGCACCCACGGAGCGGCCGGCGCCCGCGUGGCCUUCGAGGCCGAGGUCUGCCAGCUGCCCAGCGGGCUGGGCCAGAGCAGCGGUGUGAGGUUCAAGCGCCUGUGGGGGGCGCCGUUGGCCUUUAGAGACAUCGCCACCAAAGUGUCCAAGGAGCUCGAGCUCUGAGGGAAACAGGAGGUGGGGCGGAUUGACAACCCAUAGGACAGGAUGAUGAAUGAGUAGGGAGGAGGAGGAACAAUGAGGAAGACACCACUGCCUCCUCCCACUCCUCUUCCUCCCUGGGCUCCACCUCAUUCCAAUGCGGCUAGCGAUGCCUCGCCUCCGCCAAAGACCCUCUUCUUCUGAUGCCACCAAUCGCAGCCAGAUAAAGCGGACGCACAGACACGGAUGGAUUGCCAUUGGCAGACUUGAUGAUGACCCUUGACCUUGGAGCUGUCAGUGACCUACGACCCCUGCUUGAAACGCACCACCACCUCAUGUUAUGUGAGCCCAUGGAGUCAGGUUGUUUUAUUUUCAUUUUUGUUCAUGACUUCAUGUUUGAUGAUAAGGAUGGUGUUGCUGAGAAUGAUGGAGAUCGAUAAUUUGUUGUUGUUGUUGACAUUGUUAUUCCUAUUGUAUCAUAUUUGUUGUCAUCAUUCCUUUUUAAAGAGCUGCUAUUUAAAGAAAUGUUUUAAUUUGUUUAUGGAGUUUAUUUUCUCUCUUCAAUGCUUUUAAAAAUGGGUCAGAGAGUGACAUCUGUCGUCAUCCUCUGACGCAGACGUCACAUAUUUCAGAAGUGAGGUUGCAGUCUGACCUCCGGCCUCUAGAGGGAGACAUGCAGAAAUGCAGAAACUUGUGACAUACUGAAUGAAGCAUCGCGGCCUUUCUGCCCAUCCAUCGAUAUUCGCCCUUUUACUGUUCAGCUGGGUAUUUGAUGUUUGUACCAUUUCUGGUAAAAUGUUGCCUCUCUGCCUGCUGUCCAUACUGAAUUCUCUGCUGUGUAUUGACAGCUGGCAGGUGAGCAGCUUACGGAGGAGCAAAGCCGGCCAAUAAUGCAGGACCCAGCUGAUAUGUUGACCUUGAUAACCUGAUCAUUUGAGCUUCUGCUGUGCUCUUUACAUAUACUCUACUUCGCCCCAAUAUUUGUACCACGCUACCUUUUUAUUAACAAGCAAAAGUCCUCUCAAUUUUCUGUAAUUACGUAAGAUUUUGUUGGUUUAAAGUGCAAAGUAGGAUUUAUUUCUACGAAAAAAACUGGAUCCUCAACAGGAACGUGCUUUGUGUUUUUAUAACGCAAUAGCAUGCCUCAGCUGGAUUUUCUGAUCUGAAGGUGGAUGUACGCAGAAAAAAAAAGCGGCCCUUUACAUUAUUCUCCAAUCAGCUGGUUUAGUCUAUUUAGAUGAUUUUAAAAAAGCAGGCUUUGUCAGCCAAUCGGAAUGCCUUAUUCUGAGACCAAUAGGAGCUCUUUUAACUAAUAUUUCAAUUAAAUAUAAUCAGUUUAACAUUUAACAAAACUACAUGUUUUACCGAUGGCAAAAUGAAGCACAUAUCAUAUGUGAUAUGUGCGUGCCCAGACAAUUUAUAAGAUUAAAUAUCUAAAAGCUCGACAAACCAACCGUUGUAUUGAUUCUUGGUCCAAUACAGUAGCAUGACUUUCUUUUGACUAGUCCCAGUUUUUAUUUGAUGUGAUGGAAAUUGAAUACUCUAUGGUACAAAAAAAAAGAAAAUACAAAUCUUGGCUCCUCUUCCUGCGAGGCUGCAGACGUAGUUCAGAAAGCCGAUCCAACAUGAAGCUAAGCAUCCACAGAUUUGAACCCCAGUUCAGGACGAGUAUAUUUUAAUAGAUCACCUUUGUUUAAUUUGAUCUCUUCUUCAAACCACAUGUUUCACCACACACUUGAUUACUGUAGCUCAUACUGGUUUAGAGUAACUGGAGGAGACGGGGCUUUUACUGGUAGCACUUAACAAUAUCUCAGUCUGUCAGAACGCCAUCGCUUCGCCUCAAAUGUAGUGCAAUACAGCCACAAAGCCAAGAAUCUAGACUUGAAUAAACAUAGACUCAAUAGGGCGCCUUGUUUGAUUUAUUUUUUAUGAUGCUGAUAUGUUCUUAAAAUUCAUUAAGCACUUUUUCCCCUCAUUUUUUAGCCAGGAAAUGCAUUGUACUGUACUGGCAGAGUUUUUAAUUAAUCUGUAUUUUUCUUUUGUAAAUUGUUAUAAAAUAACUGUUUGAGACAUUUAAAGCCCACUGAAGUGAAUACUUGACAUUCUGAAUGCCCUUCUGUCCUUUACUUACACGCACCUCUUGUCAUCAUUCACUUCCUUCAGUGAAACGAAUGCUUCGGGUGUCCAAAGUUAUAUUGAAGUUACUACCCAUGGUCUCGUUUACUGAUGUAGGUCAUAUAGAGCCAUCAGUGUUGGUUAUGAAACAGUCUCCACCAGUUAAAAGUUCCUUGUGACUAUAAGGAAAAUGGGGCUACAAAAAUUGUAAAUGGCGACUUGUCUCAAUAACAUUUAGUCAAUUUAACAGUUUUAUUUCAUCCAAUAUUACAUUUAUUUUGAGUUCUUAACCCAAGCAUCACUUUCGAUACUCAAACUGUAGACAUUUCCCUCUGUCGACCAACCAGGCUGCAGCACUGCUGAGACGUGUUCGACUGUUGACCAAUCAGAUUCCAGUAUUGCUUUAAGAGGUGUACGACUGUUAUCCAAUCGGACCCCUGCCUCAUUAAGCCGCUGUACAACUCAAAGCGGCUUAAGAUGAGACAUUGAAUGACCUUUUGAGAAAUCUUCUUUUAUUAAAAACACUUUGCUGCUCAUUACGGAUCAAAGUUACCACGAUUCAACAAAAAUACACACAGAGUGCCCAAUUGAUCAUAUAUUGACACCGACCGAAUCCAAAGGUAGUUGUACUUGUAUUGUAACUCUAUCAAGUCAAACAAUUACAACAUUGCAGCAUCUAACAAAACACUGAUACAUAAAAGGAAAAGUUUCCUGAUACAGCAGUUGUUGAUCUUUUACAAGCUGUGAAGUCUACAGGAAUUGAUCUGUUAAAUGGGAGAUUCAGCCUCAGCAGGCUGUCUGAAAAUGUGAAUCUGGUUUUUUAGGGCUAUUUGUUUUGCAUAUUAUUUUGUGUGUGUGUGUGUGUGUACACAACUGGGCCUCACUCUCUGAACCUGUUCUGUAGAUACAGUUAGGGCCGUGCUUUAAGGCUACAGUUCUGUUGUAUAGUGUGUUUGAAGCCGUCACUGUUAUCAAGAAAACGUAACUUAUGGGGUGAUAUUACGGAAAUGAUCGACUUGCAAUCCUGCAUGUCUCCUAGGAAAUAAUGUGUGACACAAAAAUAAAGACUUUCAACCUCUUUCA